CUGGACACGACGGUGACGGCAAGCGUGCAAUAUCACCAAACGUAGUCGAAAAAUAGAACAUAGUCAUUCCCGUUUCUUUACUCCCUUUUCUGUUUGUUAUCAAGUUUAUCUUGAAUCUCUAACAGAGAAUAUCUUACAAUUGAGCCGGCUUUUUUCUAAAUCGAUUAUGGGUACUGUCCGUUUAAAUAUAAAUGUAUGACGUCCAAAUAAAUUUGCAAAGUUGUAAUAAUUAGCAUGUAAUCCUAUUUACCUUAUUCCAUUCGGUUUAGGUCUCUGAGGGGUACUUAUCAACAACGCAAGGCCUACUAGCGCGCCUGGCGCAUCAUGUGAAAAUGUCUGGUUUGAUGUGGUAGUGCUGAUAUAACAUCGUUUGCGUUAAGCUUGGGUACGCGUGUUUCUUCGGUCAUCGGAGCAUGUGGCAGUGGACGACGCAUCCCAAGUUGAUUUUUUUCAACACACAUUCUACAUUGAUGCCUGCUAACACAAUUUGCAACGCUCCGCUCUGAUGUGUUUUUCCAAUUGAUGUCACGGUUGUAAUAAUAACGGAACAAUAGAUACCCUGUUAUCGGCGCGUUGAAGAUGGCCGAUGAAAAUGAUGACUAAGCGUACGCCAUCCAAGCGUAAGGAUGCAUUCCAGAAAGAAAGCGAAGAGCUACUGAAGAAUAUGGGCAUGGAUCCAUCGGAGGAAGGAGGCCGGCGCCGCACGCGAGCUAGCACACGUGGUGUUAACUCUACUCCAACCACACCGGCUACCCCGCCGGCAAAGAAAGCUCGUUCGGCUGCUACACCGAAACGGCGAGGGAAGAAGGACGAUGACGAGGAGGAAAAGUCCCCAGAGGGAGAGGCUAAGACUCCUAAGAAACGAGGAAGACCUAGCAAAGAUAAAGAAGACGCCGAAGAAGACAAAGCAGAUGAACAGGAAGAGGACACUAACAAAGAUGAAGAUUCGAAGGAUACCCCGGUUGAUGCCAAAAAAGAUGACGAGUCAAAACUUGAGACUGGGGAAAAAUCCGAUGAAGCGGACAAGAAAGCGGAAGACAAAGUCGACGCUGUUGUAAAUAGCACAGACAAACAAAAGGAAGAAGAAUCAGAAAAAUCCGCUCCGGAAAAAAUGGAUGUCGAUGAAGAGGAAGAAGUCACCAAGGAGAAAGAGAGCCAGCAGGAGAAACCGGCGGCUGAAAAAGCAGACCCAAAACCGGAGGAACCGGCGACGACAGAAUCUACGCCUGCAGCAUCGGUCGCUGUUGAAGAAAAGGAACCCGCUAAAGCAGUCGACGAACCCAGUAAGCCCGCUGAAACUCCUGCUGUCGAAACACCCGCUGUUGAAAAACCUGCCGAAGAAACGAAGGAAAACACAGCAGCGCCAUGUGUCCCAGAGUCUGCCCCUGUGCAGGUGGAAGGCAACGGCAGCUCGGCGCAUGAACCAGAAGAGCCGGAAUUGGCGGUACAGCAAAUGGCAAUAGUAAAUGAAUCGGCCAAGGCCAACGAUGUCAGCAGCACAGAAUCCACGAAUAAGACGAACGACGUAGCUGCUGUCGUUGAGAACAACGUGGAGGAGACGAAACUGGACACUACCGCAGAACCUAAAAUCUUACCAGCAGAACCGGCAGCUGUUGAACCAACGGCAGCACAGUAGACGCAUACGGAGGGUACCUUUUUGAACCUAAAGAGAUACUACGUUAUCAUCAUUUCCUUCACAAAAUCUUUUGUUUUGGAAAGCUAACACACACACACCCACAGAAGAAAAACAACAAAACUAAAAAUUCAUUCAUAUGGUCCCAAUUACGCUGCGGUAAAAGAACCACACCGAAGGAUCAGUAAAGAGCAAAGAGGUAGACAAGUGCUGCGAAGCCCGCAAAUUAACACGACAACCAACCUGCAUUUCUCACGUUGCACAAUUAGUUUGGAUCAUAUUUUAAAUCAAGGGGGAAGUUCGGGCAAAAUGGUAAAUUUUUAAAAAUCUCGUUUUCACCAGAUUGCGUACAGUAACAGUCGUAGAACGGAUAUUUUGAUUAUAGAUGGGUCAGAGCACAGACGUCGUACCACUGCAUGAAUCCAACCUUCCUAUUCGAUUUAUUGGAGUUUCAACUGUUCUUCCAAAAAUUUACCAGUUUCCCCUCCCCUCUUCUACUGUCUUUCUGACCAGAUUUCUUACACACCCAAACAGACACGUUUUCGAAAAUACUUGCUAAAAGCUAAGUAGCUGGAUUCUAUUUUUUAUCUAUUAAUUUUUGUUUGCAAAUAGGCAUGGCAAUCCUCUUCGCUGAUUGAAAGUUUUGACGUAGCGAAGGCCGGAAGGUUCUACAAUUAACUCUGUUUUAAAAAUUUGGACUAAAUAGCAACAACACCCUCAUACCAUUUGUAGAUUCAAAGUAAAGCAAAAAUAAAAUAACGGAAGGAAGAUGUAAAAUAUACACUAAUUACAGAUUUAAUCAUUAAUAAGAAUCAGAUCGCUAGAAUUAGGAAAAAACUAUAGAUGUUUUCAUCUUUUUGUUUGAUCAUAAACCGGACCUGAGCAGAAUUUAGCACACAACUAAUGCUGUAAACAGAACGUGUUGUAGUAGCAGUUGAGAAAACUACACAAAGCUAAACAAAAACAAAACAUAUGUAUGAUAGCAAAUAAGCGCAAAACUUAAGGACUCUAACACGAGAGCAACAUUUAAAUGUAUAAUUUAUGAUUUGCUACUAGUUUCCUCUUUUCUCUUACAUGUCGCUUUCCUUUUGUUUCUUUUGAAAUCCACAAUAGUUAGUAUACACAGUUGCACCGAGUCGUAGGUUUUUCCCUCCCACUGAUACCUGAGCUUGCCGAGAGCAGUACGUUCGCAGGAGUGUGCUGCCGGCCAAACAGGUAUUUGCCGUUAUUCUAGGCAAGCGUUUACACUAAGCAGAUGCAGGGAACGGACCAUUUUGGCUAUUGUAAAGUUGAAAUCAAUAAACACCUAGAGAAUACUUGUCUGUAUUUGAUUUCUACCGGCAAAAACAACCGAUCUAAAAGAAUUUCAGUUAAUUUUUGCCAUCUUAGAGAUAUGAUUUAUACUUUAAAGCAAAGAAAGAUAUAUUGGUAAAAGCCGAUAAAAUAUAUGGAGAGUCUUUACACAAAAAUGAUCACCGAGUUUACAUUUCUUUCAACCUUCUACAGACAGGAACCUGAUGAAACAAACACGUAAUAUAUUGGCGCGUGUUGUACGCGACAAAGAAUACUACACAAAUAGGGAAAACAGAAAAAAAAACAAAAAGAAAACAAAAAAAAACUGGUCUCUUUUUAACUAAUGUAUAGGUUAUUUUAUUAUUGUGUCGUGAAUGAGACAGAAAGAGAUGAUAAAUACAGAAAUAUGGA